AUGGUUAGAAUUUCUUUCGAAAAGACUUUUCGUGAAUUUCCAUCAAAUAUGAGGAUACUCGUUGUUGAUACGGACUCUAAUGUUCUUGAAUGCAUCAAGAAGAUAUCUGACGAAUAUUGCUAUGAAGUUAUCACAUGCACAGAAUUGUUACGUGCUACAGAGAUUUUGCAUGAAAGAAAAGUGGGUAUUGAUUUAGUAUUGAUGGAGGUUCAUAUGCCAAAGAUGGAUGGUUAUGAAUUCUUAUUUGCCAACCAAGAAAUUGAUGUUCCUGUCAUCAUGAUGUCUUGGGAUGAUAACAAGAAAUCUGUAAUGAAGAGUAUAAAACUUGGAGGUUGUGAUUACUGGAUUAAGCCUUUGCAUGAGGAUCAACUCAAGAACAUGUGGACACAUGUUGUUAGGAAGUCCAUGAAUGAGAAUAGGAUGAAAGUUGAUAAUGUCGGUGAAUCACCUUCAAGAAAGAAGUCUCGUAUGGUAUGGACACCAGAACUACAUGAUAAAUUUGUCAAAAAUGUCAAUCAAAUUGGACUUGCUAAUGCUGUGCCAAAGAAAGUUCUUGAGCUCAUGAAUAUGCCUGGUUUGACAAGAAACCAUGUUGGUAGUCACUUACAGAAAUAUAGAAAUACUUUGAAGAGAAAACCUCAGCAAUCUGCUACAGAUAUAUCACUACAUAAUCAUCUUCAUGGAGAAGAAGCUUUGAAUAUGGCACUUGAUCACCCAAUGGCUCCCUAUACUACUAACUUUGUUUUUCCACAGUCCUCGAAAACUAUGCCUAACAGUGUUUCACCAGUUCCACAGUCUCUGGUACCCAUCGCCGCCGUCGUCGCCGCAGCCGCCGCCGGAGUUCUAGAAUCGACCGACGACCAUACCAUUCGGAUCGCCUCGGCCGGGCGACCACCGUGGUGCAAAGAUCGCGGCAAACAGACCAUCCACGCGCCUCCACGCGCCGCCGCAAAGGUCACCAGAUCCGCCUCUUCCCAUCGCGCGUUGCCGGCGAGAUCCGCCGCCGACCAGGACCGUCGUGAUCGCCUCCUUGGUUUCUCCCUCUUCAUGGCUGCCCAACUUGAUGAUCGGAGUCGGUCUCGCCAGCCAGGAAUUUCUCAACCGUAA